AUGACAAGUCAAGAUAGUAAGCUAAAAAACCCAGUGACAAGUCAAGACAAUAAACUAGAGAACCUAAUGAUGAGUCAAGAUACAUUAAGUGAUGAACAAAAAACAAGUAUUGACAUUGCUUUUAUCAAACUUUUUGUUUGUGAUAAACUUUCUUGGCAUCUUGUAGAAUAUCCUUUUUUUGUUAAAUUUGUUCAACAAUUACGACCAGCUUAUUGUCUACUUAUCUGUAAAACAUUGGAUAAAACAUUGCAAAAUAAUGAAGUUUUACAAUUUUUUCAAGAUGUUUAUGAUCUAAUAAAUAUUAUUAAGCCUGUUAAAGAUGCUAUUACUUUUUUAGAAAAACAAGAUACGAAUUUUGCUGAUUGCUUUUUGGGACUUGCUCAGUUAGAAGCUGCAAUUAAACUGAUAUCAGGAACAGAAUAUAAAAUGUUUCGUUAUUAUUGUAUAAAAGUUUUUAAUUUCCGUUUUAAAGAAUUUGACUUUGAUGAGCACUUGCUUGCAUAUUAUCUACAUCUAGGAUAUUGA